AUGACAGCAAUUGGUACUGGAUACGAUUUAUCCAAUAGUGUUUUUUCGCCAGAUGGACGGAACUUCCAAGUGGAAUAUGCUAUGAAGGCUGUGGAGAAUGGUGGGACAUCUAUUGGGAUCAAAUGUAAAGAUGGAAUUGUAUUAGCUGUUGAAAAAAUCAUCAAUUCCAAACUAUUAGUGCCUGGAACCAAUAGAAGAAUCCAAACUAUAGACAGACAUGUCGGAGUAGCAUAUUCUGGAUUGUUACCUGAUGGACGAAGAUUAGUUAAUAUUGGACGUGAUGAAGCUCAAAAUUAUAAAGAUAAUUAUAAAGUCCCGAUUAGUGUACCAUUUUUAGUUGAUACGAUAGGGAAUUAUGUUCAAAAUUAUACAUGUUAUAAUUCUGUUAGACCUUUUGGAAUAGUUGGUAUUAUUGGAGGAGUUGAUGACAAUGGACCUCAUUUAUAUAUGAUUGAACCCAGUGGUACAUUUUGGGGUUAUACUGGAGCAGCAACUGGUAAGGGAAGACAAACAGCUAAAUCCGAAUUGGAAAAGUUGAAUUAUGAAGAAUUGACUGUUCAUGAGGCCAUUAAAAUUGCAGCUAAGAUCAUUCAUCAAGCUCAUGAAGAUAAUAAGGAUAAAGAUUAUGAAUUGGAGAUCACAUGGAUCUCCAAGGAACAUACUAAUGGUAGACAUGAAUUAGUACCUGAAUCGUUAAUGAAGGAGGCUAUUAAGUAUGCUCAAGAAGAAGAUGAAGAAGAUGAAGAUGAAGAAAUGGAAUCGUGA